AAAGCAGCAGCAAAGAGCCCGGCGCUUGGAUCGCGCUGACCUGGGUCUCUUUUAUGACACCCAACUGCUCCUCCCAGAAGCUGUUCAUACCUUUUAUUUGCCCUGGAUGGUGUUUCUCUCUCUGGAGUAUCCUGCUGUUGUCCCGGAGUUUCUUGGAGCAGAUGUGGGGCUCCUCAGCAGCUGGAGCAGACCUCAGCCUGGCUGCCAGCCAGGAAUUCCCAGCAUGUGGGAAUACAGGACACCAAGUGUCCUUACCGGUGUCUGGUGAUAGAAAUCUGCUCCUCUGUUCCCCCCUCUGCCGUGCUGUGCUCCUCCGGGUUUCCAUGGGCACCAUGAGGCACCGGAGAAAUGGCAAUUUCGAGAAUUCCAGGCUCCUGUAUUCCAGCAUGUCCCGCAGCAUAGACGUGGCCUGCAGCGAUGCCGAUUUGGCCAACUUCAUCCAAGAAAACUUUAAGAAGAGAGAAUGUGUCUUUUUUACAAAAGACUCCAAGUCAAUGGGAAACUUAUGUAAAUGUGGAUACCCUGAAAACCAACACAUAGAGGGCACUCAGGUUAACACCAGUGAGAAAUGGAACUACAAGAAGCACACAAAGGAGCUUCCUACCGAUGCCUUUGGGGACAUUCAGUUUGAAAACUUGGGAAAAAGAGGCAAGUACAUCCGCCUGUCGUGCGACACAGACUCCGAAACACUCUACGACCUCAUGACCCAGCACUGGCACCUGAAAACCCCAAACCUCGUCAUCUCUGUCACUGGGGGAGCCAAGAACUUCGCGCUCAAGCCCCGGAUGCGCAAGAUAUUCAGCAGGUUGAUCUACAUCGCCCAGUCCAAGGGGGCCUGGAUUUUCACCGGGGGCACUCACUACGGGCUGAUGAAGUACAUUGGGGAGGUGGUCAGAGACAACACCAUCAGUCGCAGCUCCGAGGAGAACGUGGUGGCCAUUGGCAUAGCGGCCUGGGGCAUGAUUUCCAACCGGGACACCCUCAUCCGCGCCGCCGACAGCGACGGGAACUACUUGGCCCACUACAUCAUGGAUGACCUCAAGAGAGACCCGCUGUAUUGCCUGGAUAACAACCACACCCAUCUCCUGCUGGUGGACAAUGGCACCCACGGGCACCCGACCACGGAGGCCAAAGUACGGACCCAGCUGGAAAAGUACAUUUCGGAGCGGGUUAUCCCAGAAUCUAAUUAUGGUGGGAAGAUUCCAAUUGUGUGUUUUGCCCAAGGUGGAGGGAAAGAGACUUUGAAAUCCAUCAACGUGGCCAUCAAGAGUAAGAUUCCCUGUGUGGUGGUGGAGGGCUCUGGCCGGAUCGCCGAUGUCAUUGCGAGCCUGGUGGAGGCAGAAGGCACUCCUGCUUCCUCCUGUGUCAAGGAGAGCUUGCUCAGGUUCCUGCCCCGCACCAUCUCCAGGCUCUCGGAAGAGGAGACUGAAAGCUGGAUCAAGUGGAUCAAAGAAGUCCUUGAGAGCCCUCAUUUACUGACAGUGAUCAAAAUAGAAGAAGCUGGAGAUGAAAUUGUGAGCAAUGCCAUUUCCUUUGCUCUGUACAAAGCUUUCAGCACCAACGAACACGACAGGGAUAACUGGAACGGGCAGCUGAAGCUGCUGCUGGAGUGGAACCAGCUGGACCUGGCCAGCGAUGAGAUCUUCACCAACGACCGGAACUGGGAGUCUGCUGACCUACAGGAUGUGAUGUUCACAGCCCUGGUGAAGGACAGGCCCAAAUUUGUCCGGUUGUUCCUGGAAAACGGCUUGAAUCUGCGCAAGUUCCUCACCACAGAGGUCCUGAGAGAGCUGUACACCAACAACUUCAGCAGCCUGGUGUUCAAGAACCUGCAGAUCGCCAAGAACUCCUACAACGAUGCCCUCCUCACCUUCGUGUGGAAGAUGGUUGAGGACUUCCGAAGAGGGGUCAAGAGGGAUUACAAAACCAGCAAGGAUGAGAUGGAGAUACACCUCUCAGAGGAGUGUCCUAUCACAAGGCACCCAUUACAAGCUCUGUUUAUUUGGUCAGUCCUUCAGAACAAGAAAGAGUUGUCUAAAGUCAUUUGGGAGCAAACCAGAGGCUGCACUUUGGCAGCCCUUGGGGCCAGCAAGCUCCUGAAAAGCUUGGCCAAGGUGAAGAAUGAUAUAAAUGCUGCUGGUGAGUCUGAGGAACUCGCUAAUGAGUAUGAGACAAGAGCAGUGGAGCUGUUCACCGAGUGCUACAGCAGUGACGAAGAUCUGGCCGAGCAGCUGCUGACUUAUUCCUGUGAAGCCUGGGGAGAGAGCAACUGUCUGGAGCUGGCAGUGGAAGCCAGAGACCAGCAGUUCAUUGCCCAGCCAGGUGUGCAGAAUUUCCUUUCCAAGCAGUGGUAUGGAGAGAUUUCAAGAGACACCAAGAACUGGAAGAUCAUACUGUGCCUGUUCUUUUUCCCUUUAAUAGGCUGUGGUUUCAUCUCAUUCAGAAAAAAGCCUGUGGAGAGGAGUAAGAAGCUCUUCUUGUAUUACGUGUCUUUCUUCACCUCCCCCUUUGUGGUCUUCUCCUGGAAUGUCAUCUUCUACAUCGCUUUCCUGUUGCUCUUCGCCUACGUGUUGCUUAUGGAUUUCCAGAAGGAACCCACUGCCCUGGAGAUCAUCCUUUACGUGCUGGUCUUCAUUCUGCUUUGUGAUGAAGUGAGACAAUGGUACAUGAAUGGCAGUAAGUAUUUCUCAGAUCUGUGGAAUGUUAUGGAUACGCUGGCAAUCUUCUACUUCAUAGCAGGGAUUGUGUUCAGGCUUCACUCUGAUGAAAGCUCUUGGUAUUCCGGGAGAGUCAUUUUCUGUUUGGACUACAUAGUUUUUACUCUGAGGCUGAUCCAUAUUUUCACAGUUAGCAGGAAUCUAGGACCCAAAAUUAUUAUGCUGCAGAGGAUGAUGAUAGACGUCUUCUUCUUCCUCUUCCUCUUUGCUGUGUGGAUGGUGGCCUUUGGAGUGGCCAGGCAAGGCAUCCUGAGGAAGAACGAGCACCGCUGGGAGUGGAUCUUCCGAUCGGUCAUCUACGAGCCCUACCUGGCCAUGUUUGGCCAGUACCCUGAUGAUGUGGAUGGUACCACCUACAACUUUGACCGCUGCACCUUUUCUGGGAACGAGUCCAAGCCCCUGUGUGUGGAGCUGGAUGCCAACAACCAGCCCCGCUUUCCUGAGUGGAUCACCAUUCCCCUUGUCUGCAUUUACAUGCUCUCAACCAACAUCCUCCUCGUGAACCUGCUCGUGGCCAUGUUCGGUUACACGGUUGGAUCAGUGCAAGAGAACAACGACCAGGUGUGGAAGUUCCAGCGUUACUUCCUGGUCCAGGAAUACUGCAGUCGCCUGACUAUCCCCUUCCCUUUCGUCAUCUUUGCCUACAUGUUCAUGGUGAUGAGGAAAUGUUUCAAGUGCUGCUGUAAGAAGGAAAGCAAAGAGCCAUCAAUUUGUUUGUGGAAACAAAGGGAAAGCUCAAAUCCACAUAGGAAGCUUCUGGAAUGUCCUGUUGAAGGAGUGGUACCUGUGUUAACUAAGACUCAAAAAAAAUCCAGAAAGACUUCUGGAGCUUGCUCAAGAAACGAGGACAAUGAAAUUCUGGCAUGGGAAGCUGUCAUGAAGGAGAAUUACCUUGUCAAAAUCAAUACCAAAGCAAAUGAUUCAUCAGAAGAGAUGGUGCAUCGAUUUAGACAACUGGAUGCAAAGCUGUCUGAUUUGAAAGGCCUUCUGAAAGAGAUUUCUAGCAAAAUCAAAUGAAUGCAACUGAGAUCCCAGAGCAGCUACGUGAGCAGAGUACCAGUUCCCGAAGAGUGAUUUCUCUGAGCUGGCAGUAACCACCAAGCAGGAGGGAACUGUUCCACCAGAGCGGCAGUGUCUCGGCAGGACUCACUACGAUUUUCUUGCUGGUUUUACUUUUUUUGACAAAACAGCCCUCCGUGCUUGUUGCAAGGUGAUGGUAAAGCAUGGGAUGACUGUUUAUGUACUUGCAGGACUCCCACGUUACCCAAACUCUUUUUCUCAUUUUCCCCCAAGUCCAGUGGCAGCAAUUAGUCCUUGUCAGCUGCUGUUACAAAGCACUCCUAAUUCCUGGAGUUCUGCUGCUGUUGCCAAAAUCACUUUGCUUUUCCAUUUCACUCAAAGGGGCAUGUUCUUGGGUUUCCUUUAACCACUAAUUGCUUGUCAUAAGGAAUCAAUGUCCCUUCCCAUUCCUCUGUGUCAUAGCCAGAUGUAGGUUGUUCCUUGCAUGCUCUGUCAGACCUGCUGAGGUCUGCAGUACUGACGUGCCAGAAUACAGCACAUUUUAGCAUCAUCCCCCUGAGGAAAGCCUUUGGUCCAACCCUGUAUCCACCUUUUGGACUGUACAUGAACACUGUGGAGUUCCUCCUGCUCUCCCUGGGCUGUGCAGCAGUGUAGAAGCUCAGCUAUUACAACCCUGUACGGCAGAGACUUUUAUUCAUCUAGGAAGUGUUUCCAAAGGCCUGGCUUGUUUCCUUAGUGGUAAUUUGUAUCCUGGGAGCCUUGAAAUCCAUUUGACUUUAGCAAGCAUCUGUUUGCUGAUGUUUGCAUUUGGAGAUGGAGAAGAGCUUGUGGGCCAGCUUUCGAUGUUGUGCUGGUUCAUGUGGGGAGAUGGCUCUUUGUGCUUUCUGUCUAACGGAGCAGCUGAAUUUUGUCUCAUUUUGUGCAGUAUAACUGGGUGCACAACCGACUCAAGGCACUUCAAAUGGCAUUUAUUUUCCUGGCAAAGCAUUGUAUCCAUCUUCAUUCCCAGUGUCUAGGAAUCAUAGAAUUACAGAAUACCCAGAAUUGGAGGCUAUCCACAAGGACCAUCCAGUCCAACUCCUGGCCCUGCCCAGGACACCCCAACAAUCUCAUCCCGUCCCUGGGAGUGUUGUCCAAACAUUCCUUGAGCUCUGGUAGCUUUGGGACCGUGCCCACUGCCCUGGGGAGACUGUUCAGUGCCCCACCACACUCUGAGGGAAGAACCUUUUCCUGAUAUCCAUUGUAACCCUGCCCUGACACAGCU